AUGUCUCUCAACCCGCAAAAGAAAUCCGUCAUCGCCGUCGUCGGGGCCGGGCCUGGCAUCGGUGAAGCCGUAGCCCGCCGUUUCGCUGCCGAAGGCUUUGUUGUCGCCCUCCUCGCACGCACCAAAGACAAACUGCAAAAAAUGGCCCGUGGCAUCGACACUGACUACGGCAAAGGCACCGCUCACUACUACAUUACCGACCUACGCGAAGAGCAAUCUGUGCUCUCCAGCUUCGGCCAGAUUCGCACCGAGCUAGGCCCCGUUUCGGUCCUGGUGUACAACGCUGGCGCACGCCGCGUCAACGGUCGCUCCAUCCUCGAUACCACCACCGAGGAAUUCGAAGGCUUCACCAAAAUCAACCUGUUCGGCGCCUUUUGGUCCACAAAAUGCGUGCUGCCCGAGAUGUUAUCCGCCGGCAAAGGCACGAUUCUCUUCACGGGCGCGACGGGCUCGUUGCGCGGGAAUCCUGGUCUAAGUAGUUUCUCGCCCGGCAAGUUCGGAUUAAGAUCUCUCGCGCAGAUUGUCACAAGGGAGUAUCAGAGUAAAGGCAUCCAUGCGGCGCAUAUUAUUGUCGAUAGUCCCGUGGAUGGCAAGUUGAUUGGCGAGUGGUCGAGGCGGCAGUGGGCGAGAACAGGGGAGGGGGAGAAGUUGGAUGAUAUCGACGCGCAUCUCGUGAAGCCGGCGGAUCUGGCGCAGACGUAUUGGUUCUUGCAUAGCCAGCCCAGGAGUGCGUGGACCCACGAGUUGGAUGCCAGGCCGCAGAAGGAGAGUAUGUUCUCUAAGCUGUGA